AUGGACGUAUUACGACUGCCCCUGCUCCUAUUUCGGCGGCGGCGGCUGCUGCUCCGCCUCCAAAAUCGUCUCGCAUUGGAGGAUGACGAUGAUAUCCUCCACCUGUGCCACCAAUGGCACUCACUGGCGAUACAGGGCUGGUCGCUUCAAGAGGCGGCGAUGGCAUCUCAGGAAUGGGCUCCUCUUCAAUGUCGUCUCCAUAUCCAUCGCCUCCUGUGUGGAGGACGGACGGAAUCUUGCGACCCGAGAUUUUUUGAAAUCCCCGUUCACCUGUGGCCAAGCACUCCGCCGACUACACCUCCAACUACUUUGCCUGUGUCACUGCCGCCGCCAGAUGAGCCUGAACUUGCCGGGGUUGCUGAAGAGGAUAUUGCUUGCGCCCCAGUGGAUGUCGAUUGUGCGGAGUUGGUAAGGGAUGCAGUUGAUAACGAUAUGGUUGAAGAGAGUGUAGUCGAGGAACCAGUGGUUGAAGACGAUAAGGUGGUAGACGAAGUUGAAGUCGCUGAAGACGUGGAUGAGGUCGAUGAUGAAGAGAUGGAGGUAGAGCUAGCGGUAGAGGAAGUAGCGGAAGUCGUAGAUGAACUAGAUGUAUAUGUAGAGACUGAAGUAAUUGAGGUAGACGAUGAAGUAGACGACGACAAGGUAGAGGACUGCGUUUCACUGGAAGAUGUUGAUGUGGUGCUAGAUAUCGAGCUUGUGGUUGAAUUUGACGAGGAUGAUGAAGAUGACUGUGUGGAUUGCGUUGAUGAAGAAUCCAAGGUUGUAGACAACGACGACAACGAUGCAGUCGAAGUCGAAGUCGAAGAUCCAAGAGGAAUCUGGUUGUCGGCGGCGGCGGUCGCAGCACCAGCAUCUGUUGCAGAACUGCCGUCUGCAGGAAUAGUGACAAUUCCGAGGGACGGAACAGAGACAACUGCUGGGAGCGUCGAAACCGUCAACUGA